AUGUUAAUUAAUUAAUUGGUAAAGCAAUUAGUAACACAAGUCAUCGCACAGAUGUUUGGUCGUAAGAAGUAAACAAUGUGUAGAACUGGUUUUUGGCAAUAGACGCAUGCGUCCUGUUCACUUGUCGAACCAGACUUUCGUCUUGGUUUUAAAGUGAAAAGACAUCAUGGAAUUGGAUGAGGUGAAGAAGAAGCACCACAAGCGGCAAAGUGGGCUAAAAGCUGAAAAAAAGAAGGCAAAGCUUAAGCUAGAAGAUAAUCGAAGUGCGCAACAAAAAAACCCAAAAGCUUUUAUUGUACAGUCAGCAAGGAAAGCCCAUAAGGCAGUCCAAAGAGCAGAAGAUAUCAAAGCCAAAAGGCACCACAUUCCCAUUGUUGACAGAACUCCAAUUGAUGCUCCACCAAUUAUUGUAGCCAUUGUCGGUCCACCAAAAGUGGGUAAAACAACAUUACUUAAAUGUAUUGCAAAGAAGUAUUGCCAUCAAAAGUUGAGUACAAUUCAUGGACCAAUUACUGUCUUGGCAGGUAAACAACGUAGAUUAACACUGAUAGAGUGUAACAGUGAUAUCAACUGCAUGAUAGAUAUUGCAAAAGUUGCAGAUUUGGUUUUGCUUUUGGUUGAUGCCAGUUUUGGAUUUGAGAUGGAAAUAUUCGAAUUCCUUAACAUAUGUCAAGUACACGGAUUUCCACGUGUGAUGGGAGUUCUUACUCAUUUGGAUACUUUCCGUGAUGGGAAACAAAUGAAAAAAAUUAAAAAGCGACUAAAAACUAGGUUUUGGACAGAAAUUUAUCAGGGUGCCAAAUUAUUCUAUUUAUCUGGAGUAGUGAAUGAAGAAUAUCAAAGUCAGGAAGUUCAUAAUCUUUGCAGAUUUAUUUCUAUUAUGAAAUUCCGUCCUCUGCAGUGGAAAAUCAGUCAUCCCUAUUUGCUUGUUGACAGAUUAGAAGACAUUACGAACAGAGAAUCUUUGAGAGUCAACCCUAAAUGUGAUAGAAACGUUUCUUUGUAUGGAUAUUUACGUGGAACUCCCAUGAAAAACACAACAAAAGUUCAUAUCCCAGGCUGUGGUGAUUACUCUGUUGACGAUGUACAAUUCUUGCCUGAUCCCUGCCCAACUCCUGACAUCUCGAAAAAGAGAACAUUAAAUGUUAAAGAAAGACCAAUUUAUGCUCCAAUGUCAGGUGUCGGAGGAAUCAUAUAUGACAAAGAUGCCGUGUACAUUGAUAUGGAUCAAAACGAUGACGCUAAUAAAACUGAUGAGCAGCCAAACACCUUGCUGUCCAGUUUAAUGAGUGUUCAGAAUACUGUUGACAAGAAGAUGUCUGCUAGCCAUUUCACCAUGUUUACAAAUGCAGAACCCAUUCAGUCUCUUGAUCCUAUAGAUGAAAAUGAAUUAUCUGACGAUGAUGAUAACGGUGAAGAGGAAAAUGGUGAAAAGGCAUCAGCUGGAAACAGUGAGGAAGACACUGAUUCAGAAACUGAAGAACCCGCAGCAAAGAAAGCAAAGAUAACUAAAUCUGCAAAAGUACCUCGAGAGGCUGGUGCAGUGCCAUCUGGUUCUUCAUCAUCUGAUGAGGAAGAUGAAGCUGAGGAUGAUGAAGAGAGUGAUGAUGAUGAUGAUGAUGAUGAAGAGAGUGAUGAUGAUGAUGAUGAUGAUAACUCUCAAGAAAGGGGUGUUGAAGAGUUAAGCUUUGAUGAUAGUCAAGAAAAGGGACAUCUUCAUUGGAAAUCAGACUUAUUAAAAAAGGCUUCCAUCUCCUUCAAGCAAAGACAGUCAGAGAAAAAAAACUUCCGAAAACUGAUAUAUGGUGAUGACGAGGAAGAAUCACCUGAAGACGAAAACAGUGAUGAGGAAAAGAUUGGUGGUCUCUUCAAGCUAAUAAACAAGAAAACUGCUGAAAACCAAUCUCGUAAGAACUGCCAUAACACAGACUCCUCCAAGUUGGUUGCGGACAAGUUACAGGAUUGGAGUCUUAAUGAGGUGAGAGACCAAAUACGUGAUUGCUUUAUAACUGGUAAGAAGAAUUUUGGAGAUGCUGCCGCUACGCUGUUAGAAGCAGAUGAUGAAAUAUUUGGGGAUUUUGAAGAUCUUGAAACUGGAGAAACAUACAAAGGAAAAACUGAAAAUGAAGCUGAUAAAAAUGAUGAUGCAAAUGAGGACGAAGAUGAUUCCAAAACAUCAGAAGAAAAACGAAUGGAGAACAAACUGAAAUUGAAAGAAAUGUUUGAUAAAAGUUAUGACAAUAAAGGUGAUGAUGAGUUUUAUGAAACUUGGAAAAGCGAGGCAGAAUCACAGGCGAAGCUAAAUAAAGAAGAAUUUACAAAUCUCCCUGAUGACGUUCGCGUCCAGUAUGAAGGCUACCGCCCUGGAAUGUAUCUUCGGAUAGAAAUAAAGAAUAUGCCCUGUGAAUUUAUCCAGCAUUUUGAUCCGAGCUAUCCUAUUGUUAUUGGUGGUAUCCAGAACAUUGAAGAAAAUAUUGGCUUUGUCAGAGCUCGCUUUAAGAAACAUCGUUGGUAUAAAAAAAUCUUAAAAUCCAGAAACCCUGUGAUUAUGUCAGUUGGUUGGCGAAGAUUCCAGACACUCCCAGCUUAUUAUAUCCAAGACCAUAACUAUAGGAAUCGUCUUUUGAAAUACACACCAGAACACCUACAUUGUAACACUAUGUUUUGGGGACCAAUUGUUCCUCAAGGCACUGGUAUUUUAGCUAUUGAGACAUUAGACAAUUCUUCACCAGGUUUCUGUAUUGCGGCCACUGGUGUUGUUUUGGAAGCAGAUAAAUCAAAUGAAAUUGUUAAAAAGCUAAAAUUAACUGGAGCACCAUACAAAAUCUUUCAGAAGAGUGCCUUUAUUAAGGAUAUGUUCAACACUCCUCUUGAAGUUGCUAAAUUCACUGGUGCUUGUCUUCGAACUGUCAGUGGUGUGAGAGGCCAAAUUAAAAAAGCUGUUAAAAAUCCGCCUGGUGCCUUUAGAGCAACAUUUGAGGAUAAGAUUGUUAUGAGUGAUAUUGUCUUUGUCCGAACCUGGUAUCCUGUUGACCUCCCAAGAUUCUACAACACUGUUACAUCCCUGCUUCUAUCACCAAGUGAAAAGAUGUCUUGGAGAGGUAUGAGAACAGUAGGACAGAUCCGAAAAGAAGAGAAUGUUCCUGUUCCGCAUAAUAGUGAUUCAUUUUAUAAGAAAGUGGAGCGUAAGGAGAAACCAAUGAAGCCAUUUAAAAUCCCUCAAGAUUUGAAACAGGCUUUACCUUUUAAGAGUACCGAGAAGAAUAUUGCCCCCAGAAAGGUACCCUACAAGAGAGUUGCUGUUGUAAAAGAUCCCAAAGAAGCUAAGGUUGCCAAAUUGAUGAAGAUGUUUAGAGAGCUACACAAGCAUAAAGAACGAGAGGAACGGAUGAAGAUGCGGGAGAGGGUCGACAAACACCGUGCAGUUCUUGCCAAAGAAGAGGAGAAGAAAGUUCAGCGAUUGAAAGACAUAAAGAAAGUUGUCUACCGCAGAUUAGGAAAAAUGGAAAAACAGAAAGAAGCUUUGGAAGAGAAAAAAAUGAAUUGAAGGAAAGUGUGUGUGGUGUGUGCGAGAGAGAGAGAGAGAGAGAGAAGUGUAUGAAAGUGGGAUCAGGUGGGGAGAUAGUCACUUGUUGCAAAAAAUGUCCAGAAUAAUGGCAGUGGUGUUUGUUUGUCUUUGUACAAGAGAACUAAAGGAAAUGUCUGUUCUGCUAUCAGCAGUGGAACUGAAUGCAAUGGUUUAAUGACUCCAUAUAUGUGUCAUUACAUUGGUUUUUAUCACUGUACAGGUUCAAUAAAAAAAAAAAUAUGAAGAAUUAUAUUUAUUUUGCAAUUAAA